AUGUCAUUGAAGCUACCUAUUGAUCAUGCUGAAAGCGAGGAUGAACGAUAUAUUGGAUCAAUGCUUCUACAGCCGCGUAGUCUGUUUCUAAUGACUGAUGAUGCUUACGAAAAUCUACUUCAUGGUAUAAAAGAAGUCAAAGAAGACGUUAUUGAUGAAAAAGUUUUCAACGCUGGAGAGCUAAUGGGCAAAACAUUAGUUCGGGGUACAAGAUGUAUCCGGUGA